AUGCGUUCACACAUUCUUGCUUUUAUUCUAUCUGUGCUGCUAGUGGCACUCAAGAAAACUAGUGCAGCUGAUAGCACUAGUGCGAACAAUGCAAGCAGUAAAUCUCUAGACAAGAGCUUAGACGCUGAUAUUAAUGGAGUUAUGAUCCAGGAAUUCAAUCCUUCUAGCAAUAAAAAUGACUCUUUAGAGAUAAAAAAGAAUGUCAGCUUUACAAUAAAGAAAGACGACGGAACAGAGAGCAAAAUAAACACAACAGUAGAGUCAACUAUAAACAAAAAAACAAAUAAAGAGAACAAACAGGCAGAGAAGAAGGGCCCUGCAAAGGCCAUAAAUAACUGA